AAUAUCACUGCUAUACUGCGCAUGUGCAUUGUCCCCUGUCAGCCGCAAAUAUAAACAUUGGACCACGUUAUUUACACUAACAUGUUCAGAGGAUUGACAUCGCCAGACACCCCCGGAAUUUAAAUUUUUGACGAUUUGAUAGGAAGAGGAAUGGGUCUGUUGUCUGAAGGUUCGCCCCUUGACUGGACAGAGACGAAGGCGUAUGCCGAUCACGUGCGAAAACAUGGCAUCAAACAGUUCAUAAAUCUAUAUCACAAACUACAGGACAGGACCAAAGAUGUGUUAUACUGGGGAGACGAGGUGGAGUAUAUGCUGGUCAAAGUGAGUCAAGAAAAGAAGAAAGCUCAGCUGGCCCUGACUGCUGAACCAAUCCUGAAGGAAUUACAAAAGGCAGAGCAGGCUAACCCUAAGAACCAUCCAACCACAUGGCGACCAGAGUAUGCCAAUUAUAUGGUGGAGGGGACCCCGGGGAAACCCUAUGGGGGAAUGAUGGCUCACUUCAAUGUGGUGGAAUCCAACAUGAGACUCAGGAGGGAGGAGAUUCAGAAAUGGUGUGGUGAGGAUAUUGUCCCCCUCUCUCUGACUUCCUAUCCAAGAUCUGGCUGUCCAGGAUUCACUGAUCCGGAACACACACCCACACCAAGCAGCGGAGCAUCACAUUCACUGUUUUUCCCAGAUGAAGCCAUUUUUCCUGGACAUCCACGAUUUAAAACCUUGACCAGAAACAUAAGACAGAGAAGAAACAAAAAAGUUGCAAUAAACAUUCCAGUUUACAAGGAUAAGUUUACCAAGUCUCCGUACCUGGAUGAUUUCGCUGCCCUGGGGGAUGAUGGGGAGAGUCAGGCGGGGGCUAAGCCGGACCACAUCUACAUGGACUGUAUGGGGUUCGGUAUGGGCUGCAGCUGUCUCCAGGUCACCUUCCAGGCCUGUAAUAUCACCGAGGCCAGGAAACUCUACGACGACCUGGCUCCUCUCUGUCCUAUCAUGCUGGCCCUGAGUGCAGCAGCACCCAUCUACCGCGGUCACUUGGCAGAUAUUGAUGCCAGAUGGACGGUCAUCUCACAGUCAGUGGACGAUCGCACAGAUGAAGAAAGGGGAGAAAAACCAUUAAAAAGUGACAAGUUUGUGAUCAACAAAUCUCGUUAUGACUCCAUAGACAGUUACUUAUCGCCCUGUUACAGAUGUAAUAAUGAUAUUGACCUGGUGUAUGAUCAUGGUAUUUACAAAGAGCUCCGAGCAGCAGAUGUAGACGAACCUCUCUCUAAACACAUAGCUCACCUGUUUAUCCGGGACCCGGUCUCCUUGUUCAGUGAAAAAAUUAAUCAGGACGAUGAGAAGGACACAGAUCAUUUUGAGAAUAUCCAGUCAACCAACUGGCAGACCAUGCGUUUUAAACCUCCCCCUCCCAACAGUAACAUUGGGUGGAGGGUAGAAUUCAGACCAAUGGAGGUUCAGCUUUCUGACUUUGAGAAUGCUGCUUACACUGUGUUUAUAGUUUUACUGACGCGGGUCAUCUUAACCUACGGACUCAGCUUUGUUAUCCCAAUAUCUAAAGUAGAUGAAAACAUGAAGACUGCUCACAAUAGAGAUGCUGUGCUCAAUGAUCAAUUUUACUUCCGCAAGGAAAUCUUCACAGACUGUACCCCAGAGGAGUUCACCAAGUGUAUGCCUGAGUAUUGUGCUGAUUCAAAGUGUACCAAUAAAACAGACGAGCAGUGUAGACUGAUGUCAAUAAAUGAAAUCAUCAAUGGCAGUGCUGACUUCCCUGGAAUGAUUCCUUUGAUUCAUGGCUACUUAAAUAGCAUGGAGGAUCAAGAUUUAGAUGUGGACACAAGAUGCACAAUAUUGAACUAUCUCAACCUGAUAUCUCAUCGAGCCUCAGGUAAGUGUGAGACAACUGCUAGAUGGAUGAGGAACUUUGUCUUGCACCACCCAGCGUAUAAACAGGACUCAGUGGUGUCCGAUGAAAUUAACUUUGAUUUGAUGUAUGCAUGCAUAGAACGCAGUAAAUGCUGCAUGUCUGCCACAAAGACUAACCUAACGUUACCAGAGGCUCUGGUCAAAUCCGAGAAAUACCUCAAUAAAAGGAACCCGUAUACGUACACCAACACUAUAAAAGAGGACCUACCAAACGGAGACGUGGACAAAUAAAAACUCAGACAUUUAUAUAUAUACCGGUAGUGAAUACUUAAAUGAAGAGGUCAGAUUUAAUCAGGUCAUCAUUUUAUCCAAUGACUGUGGGAAUAACUUUUACACACAGAUUAUUUUUGCUUUUUGUUUUUAUAAUUGGUGUAUAUACUGGUAAUUUAUGCUGCAGGCAUGCUUGGGUACACAUUUUUAUUGAUUAUAUGAAAGAAUAAUGAUUUUUUAAUCAUGUCAGAUGCCCAUUAAAAUUUUAAAAUUUGGCAAAUGCCCAUUGA